AUGGCCUCUUCCUCUUUCAGAGACUCUAUAAACUCCCUCGGCUGGAGUCGCCGUGAUGAACCAGUAAAUACUUCUCAGCAGAGCGGGUUACUCUCCUCACUUCAGAGUUUGAAUCCCUUCCAAGGAGGCAGCGGUUAUGUCCGUCUACCUACCACCGAGAGCUCCGGUGCACCUCUCCCUGCGCCCACUCGACGUGAAGAAGAGGAAGGCUGGUUUGUUCUUAGCCGAUGGGAUCGCUUGUUGAUCUUUGGUGCUUGUAACCUCGCUGCUGUGGCAUGUUUCGUCAUCUGCUUCACUCUAUUUCCCGUACUCUCUCUGAGACCACGCAAGUUUGUCAUAUUAUGGUCGGUUGGAUCACUAAUGUUCCUGGCCUCCUUCGCUGCGGUAAUGGGCCCCAUGAACUACGUUUAUCACCUUCUUUCGACUCCUCGACUGCCGUUUACUGCGGCUUAUUUCGGCUCUAUCACGCUAACCCUAGUGUUUGCCUUAAAGCUUCACAGCACAAUUCUUACCUUAUUCUCCGCUCUCGUUCAGCUUGCCUGUCUGCUCUGGUAUUUGAUUAGUUAUUUCCCUAUGGGAUCUACUGGACUGCGCUUUGCCACAUCGUUUGGUGCAAGGCAAGCAACAGCAUGGAUGACUGGCUAG